UUGAAAGCAUAUAACAUGGCUGCACACGUCAAUUGACAGUAUUGGAUUGCAUUGAAGGCAUGUUGAGUGCUCUUUUUGCGAAUACAACAGAAUAACUAAGGUCAUAGCAUGUGUACAUCAAUGUAACUUGUUCAAAUUUGUUCUUUUUUUAACACUAUGUAAUUUUCUAUAAUAAGAGAAAAAUGUGAUUGUUUUUAAUGUAUGUGGAGAUAUUGUGUGUUUAGUAAAUAAAAUAUGAACCAGUGUGAAAUGCAUAGUGAAAGUGAGGAAGGAGAAAUAAUCUCAGACUUUGAAGAAAAUUUUACAGAAGAAUUAUGUAAUUAUCCUCACAUAUUAAAAUUUAUACAUAAACUGCAGGAUCUUGUUAAAAGACAGCGAAAGAAAAUCAACAAACUACGAAACAAACUCAACGAACAGAGACAACAAAACUUACAACCUGCAAAGACAUAUGUAGAUUAUGGAACUCAAACGGAUUCCUGUGAUCCUGACAAAUCAUUAUCACAAAAUUGGGAUAUUAGUGACAAUGUUAAAUCAUCUAGUAUAGUAGACCAAGUGAAGCAAGUAGCAGAAUCAGUUUUAUUACAGACUGGUUUUGUUUACGAGCAGACAUCAGGAAUGUAUUAUGAUUAUAACACUGGAUAUUAUUAUGACACGCGACAAGGUCUAUAUUACGAUGGAAAUACUGGAACAUAUUACUACUAUGACGAGACUAGCAAUACAUACAAAUUCCACAGUCAAAUCUGUGCGAAUGGCGCUUCUAACCUUUCCAUCUCUCAAAAGAAAGAAGAACAGAAAACUGGGAAAACACACAAGGUUUCAGAUGAAGAUGACGUAAAAAAACGAAAAUUUGUAAACGAAGAAGAAAACUCCAAAGAUGUAGAACCUGAGGAAGGUGAAUGUUCAGAGAGCGAGAAAGAUGAUGGCAUUUCUGAUGAAAUUACCCCUGAUAUAUCAAUUAAUAGCGAAAGUGACCACGAAGAGGAACAAGAUUUGGCGAAAAGUUAUCCACCAUGUAUACGGAUUAUUGUUAAGGAAACAAAUUUAGCGAAAUUAAAAACGGGUUCUCUUUUUCUUGUAACAUAUACGGGUGGUUCGUUAGGCCGCGAAGGAGAUCAUUCGGUAUUGAUACCGGAUAUAAAUAUUAGCAAGCAUCACGCACGCUUUUCAUACGACGAAACUAAGAAACAAUAUCAAAUGAUAGAUUCUGGUUCGAGAAAUGGUACGUUCUUGAAUGGCAAAAGAUUAUCAGUAGCUAAGCAGGAAUCCGAGCCUCAUGAGAUAACACAUGGCUCGGUUAUAAAAAUCGGCGAGACAAAACUGCUGUGUCAUAUUCAUAAUGGGAAUGAAACAUGCGGCCAUUGCGAGCCAGGUCUUAUUCAACAAAAUAUCAACCUUGACGAAAAUAAAGUUUCAAAAAAAGAACUCUACAAGGAGGAGUUACGCCGUUUGAAAUAUAAAUUUGGAAUUGAAAAGAAUAAUGUUUUGUCCGGUAGUCAACUAGCUUCCGGUUAUCAAGAUAGAGCGCAAGCUAGAAGACAACAUGUAGGUUCCUUGCAUCACCAUGCUAAGACACAGCAGAGUUCUAUUCACACAUCGAUCACGAAAGAUAAUAAAGGAUUCAAAUUACUUUCCAAAAUGGGUUGGUCGGAAGGUCGUUCCUUGGGCAAGGACGGAGACGGAAGAACAGAACCUUUACCAAUCGCCUGCAAUCACAGCAAAGGCGGUCUUGGUUCGAGCGAAGCGGAUUUUCCUAGUAUCGAGCUGGAUUCGAAAGUGGAGAAGAAACAGGCAGUAUGGCGAAAAACUCAAAAGCGCUAUAAAGAAAUAGCGGAUUGACUCGACAAAUAAUUUAUUCGUCACGUAUAACCGCCUAGUCACAAAUUGUAAAAAUCUGAUUAACUUUCUGUAUAAUAAUUAAUAUUAAUAUUUUAAAAAAUUAAUAAAAUGAAAAUAAUUUGUACAGUCCUAUAGCAAAAUGCAGUCACAAUUAAAUAUGACUCACAAUCAGUGAAUCCAUGUUUCACUGCACAUAUUUAUUAAAUAAUGGAAAAUCUAUUUUUUUAUCAUUGAUAAAAAUUAAAUUGAGAUUUAUCGGGAUAUUUGUUAUUGGGGAUUUAUAUUCUUAAUAAUAUUUAAUGUAUUUACUCGUACUUAUUCGUUCUAUAAAUAAAGACAAU